GAUGUUGAAAAAACAGAACAAAAUAUCACAAAAUAUUAUUAUUAGUGUACAAUAGGUAGGUAUUUGAAUAAUUUGAUUGCAGAGUGCAGCGGCCGAUAUCCAAUGUUACAAAUAUUCGAAGGGCAAAGAAAACCGGAAUUAUUACUUGAUAACAAAUGAUAAUUUGAUGGUUACCAGACCGUAUUAUUUUGACCAUGGUGUGUAUUCAUCGCCAUUAUCAGAGAACGGUUUUUGUCUUCCGUUUUUCGUAUAGAUGAUUCAUGUUGUGAUUGUGAUGAGAAAAAUUUAAUUUUUCCACCGUGAUAAUUUCGUUAGUUUUGUGCUGACCGCCGUUUUUUUAUUUUUAUUUUAAUAAAAAAAUUGUUCCUAUAUUGCGCGUGACAAUUCACAAUUCAACUACAGGUACCGGUUUUGUACACAACACAUCAAUAACACUUGGACUCUACACUCUCGGUGGCUAUUCUGACGGGUUUGCACUGUCAGAUAAUACCUACAAUACCAGAUGCUUUAUCCCGUAGAUUUGAACGCGAAAUCAUUAAAGUAACGCCUUUGUUUUCCAAUAUAACUGUCCAAAAACGUAAUGGCUAAAGAGUAUGACCAUCUGUUCAAGUUGUUGAUAAUUGGAGAUAGUGGUGUCGGUAAAAGUUCACUGCUAGUCCGCUUUGCUGACAAUACAUUUUCGGGUAGUUAUAUAACGACAAUAGGCGUCGACUUCAAAAUCCGAACGGUCGUGGUUGACGGAGAAAAAGUUAAACUACAAAUAUGGGAUACGGCCGGUCAAGAAAGAUUUAGAACUAUCACAUCCACAUAUUAUAGAGGAACACACGGCGUCAUAGUUGUGUAUGAUGUAACCAAUGGAGAUUCAUUUGCAAACGUUAAACGGUGGCUACAUGAAAUUGACCAAAAUUGUGAGGUCGUUAAUAGGAUACUAGUGGGAAACAAAAACGAUGCUCCAGAUCGAAAAGUAGUGCUCACGGAAGAUGCUAAGAGAUUUGCCGAUCAAAUGGGCAUCCAAUUAUAUGAAACUAGCGCCAAAGAUAAUAUAAAUGUUGAACAGAUGUUUAUGUCGAUCACUAAACAAGUAUUGCGGAAUAAAAAAGAAACCAAGGAAAGACAAGUUCAUCAAAGCGAUGAUGUAGUGUACCUUCGAAAAGGACAUUCUAAAGGAGCAAAAAGAAAAUGUUGUUAAAAUUUGUUUCUGCCUCUGUAAGUUUUUUUCCAAGUUUUAUGCUAUAAUUAAUUAUAACAGUUAUUAAUUAAUUAUAACUUUACAAACUACUAUUAUUAUUUUAUUUUAUUAUUAUAAUUUUUUUUUUUUUUUUAUGUUACCACAUACACUUUAUAUAUAUAUUUAUAAUAUGUGAAUACACCAGCUCAAUUUUUUUAUUUCACAUAAAAAAUACAUACUAUUUUAAAUUUUAACUGAAUUUAUCUCAUUUUUUUUAAUUAGUUACAAUAUUUAAAAAUACUAUAUGAUCAUUAUAAUCAUACAUACUCUGUUAGUUAUAAUUUUUUUUUUUCCAACAAUUUGGUGCUGAAUUAUUAUGUCAACAUUAUAAAUGAAAUAUAUUUACAUCUUGCCUUAUACAAGUAAAAUAAAUGCUGGUAUGUGAUAAUUUUAUAAUAUUUUCAGGUAUAUUGCUUUAUAGUUUAAAUAUGUAUAAAAAUUAUUUAAAUAUAUCAGGUUCAUCUUUUAUGAGAAAUAAAUUAAUAUAUUAAAAAAAUCUUUAUAAUUAAGCUUUUGUAGACAAAUAUAGCAAAAAAAAAAAAAAACGAUUUAAUGUAUACAAAAA